AGGUCCGGUCGUAGAUGAUUGAGUUGAACUCACGUUGUCACCAGGAGUCAUGAAUGCUUGACCUCUCUCUACUUGACCGACCAUUUGACAUUCGGAUGACAAGGGCAGGGCAGCGCGAUCGAAUUUGACGAGUGAUAUUCUUCGGGUCAAUGAUCCACCGCUUUCUUUAAUCGGGGCCUCCACUUUAUGGUUCAGUUUUGUCUUACUUCGAGAAAGGGUCCAUACAGAGUAGUCUUGAGGAGCAUUGUUGCUGAACCCUCUGCUCCUCGCAGAAGUAGGCAUCCCCGUUCUCGACAGCUUGCUGUCACGGACGAUGUUGCCUUACUUCUGCUCGAACUCGCGCCAUAAAUGGGCUCCGCUCUUGUCCAAUUGAUGCGGCGAGGGAUGUCUGGCAUCGAAGAGAGGCGAACUUCUCGAAAUGCUCAUUUCUAACUCACUUGGGUGGGAGAAAGGUUGGGAUAGGUUGCAUAUGCCAUCCUCUUCUGCGCCCAUAAAUGUUUCUUUUCUCCUGAACUCGGCGAUGGAUGGACGGUAUCGGACCGGCUCACACUUCUAUGAACAUGCAUCCAACCAUGGCGCGAGAUCAUCCAUGGCGAUUUCCAGACUGUAGUUAGGUCACUGGAACGGGAAGUCACUGCCUUAUGUCAUGAGCCUUUAAUAGAAACAUCAUGCACUGUUGUCAUCAGUAUCAUGCACCACCGCUAUAACUCCUGAUAUUUUGCCUUGGGUCAGCAGCUCGUGAGCGUCCUCGCUCGCAUUAGGCGCAAUCUCGCCCUGGCCCGUCCUGCGACUCGGGCAUUUCGACUCGGGCCCUCCCUCCCUUCCUCCACAUCACCGAUGAGUCCUGUUCGUCUUCUCGCCGCUCUUGCGCCAAGCAAUCAAAUCCACUACAGUGGCACUUUGCACAGGGCCGGCUAAUUCCCAAAAGGAACUGCACGACGUAUGUGCCACAAAGUUGAUUGAUGACUGAUUGAUUGAGGGAUUGAUUGAUUGACUGAUUGAUUGGCGAGGCCCGAGAUCUUGUGCUCGCCUUGGACUUUAUACGACCGGCGCAAAUGGGAUGUAAGCCCCUGCUACUGCACCGGCAUUCUGUCUAUCUAUCUCGUGAGCUGAGGUUCUUGUGACAACGAGAUCAGACCGGCAGUUGUGUCCGAAAACCUCAGAUGUUGCCUACAGUGAGACUUUCCUCCCGGAGUCUCUCAACCGCUCCGCUCCGCUCAGACUCUCCGAGCCCCAGGGGCAUUCACUCAUCCACUCACUCACUCACUCACUCAUUCAAAAGCUGGACGGGACUGCAACUGCACGACGUAUGUGCCACCAAAAGUUGAUUGAUGCCUGAGUGGCUGAUUGAUUGAUUGGCGAGAGGCCCAGGAUUUUGUGCUCGUCUUGCACUUUAUACGACCGGCACAAAUGGGACGUAAGCCCCUGCUGCUGCUGCUGCUGCACCGGCAUCUUGUCUAUCUAUUUCAUGGGAUGAGGUUCUUGUGGGAACGAGAUAAGAUUGGCAGUUGUGUCCGAAAACUUCAGAUGUUGCCUACAGUGGGACUUUCCUUAGCUGCUUAGUCCCUCAACUGCUCUUCCGUUCAGACUGUCUGAGCCUCAGGGCUUUCAUUCAUUGUGAGGUUUGUUUUAUCCAUGUAUCUGUAUCAUGCUUCGGUGGUCGUAAUCGAGCUUGCGGAUUUCGGACUCCAUCACAACCACACCACAUCAUACACUGUCAGAUUGCCACAAAGAGAAUCCCAGAGACCCAAACUUCUCAAGACGCUGCAACAGCAACAGCAGCCUCCUCCUUUUCCCUCCCUCCCUCCCUUCCUUCCUUCCUUCCUCCCUCCUGCUCCCACUGUAUAAUCUCACCAACUAGCUCUCUCGGCUCACAGGUAACCGUGCCGGGUGAGCAGCUUGAGUACGCCAGCCAGCCAGCCAGCCAUGCCAUGCCAUGCCAUGCCAAACCGAACUUGCGAUUACGGUCCGAGCGGCAGCAGCAGCAGCAGCCAUUUGGCUUCCAUUUUUAUAUAAGUGGGAAUGAGGGGGGGCGAAGCAGAUUUCGAGCAGGUAUUGCUGCGAUGGUUCUCCUUCUCGGCCCGCGGGGGACCCACUCGAGUCCACCUGCUUCUCCCCUUUUGCUCGCACUCCAUCGCAUCUCGCAACAUCUCUCGAGCAGCAAAAAUACAAGUCAAGCCCUAUCUAGUACACAUCAUUCCCACUACGAGUUCCAGACGACAACAAACCACCAAAAUAUUACAGGUCCGCCGGUGGGACCAUGAAGUAAGCGCGCGGAGGCAAGGGGAGGGAGUUACAAGCUGCAAAUCAAUCAAGGGGCGGGACAGGAAGGGACGGGACGGGACGAGACGGGGCCGGACCCACUCAGCUCGUUGCUUUCUCAUGCACAUGGACUGACUUGCAUUAACGGGAAGUGCAUGGCAAGUCUGGGGAGGGCGAGGGGAGUAUUAUAUUUUAAUAGCAGCGCUCUUCGCUUUCGGCAUAUUUUUCGAUCGACGCAGACUAUAAAAUGUGCCAACAUCUGCCUUUUGUUUACACCUGCGCUGCCCCGUCUGCUUGCGUCCUUGACAUGGCUGGAUGACAUGGCGUGCUCGCCACACCGGCACGAUCGCUGCGAUGAAUAUUCAGCGAGCUCGCGCUCUUGCUCUCAGAUCGGAUCCAGCGGAUCCAGCGGGGGCCUGGGCCGUGCUGCAGACAAGCGGUCGACGAAAACAAAAUCGGCCGUCAAACUCCUGCAAUCCAUUAUCUACGAGUGGAAUUGACAUACUCGGCCUCCAUUUCCGCGAGGUCAGCAAGGGUCGGCUCGGACGGCUCAGACGGCAUCGCGUCCAGUCAUGCCCGGUCUCCUCUUUCGCGGACUCGAUCUUGUUCAUCAAACUAAAGCGCUUUCUCGCACGCACGCACACACACUUCCCUCUCUUUGUGUCGCACGGGAAAGUUGAUGGCUGCUUGCCUGCCUGCCUGCCAGCCAGCCAGCCAUGGCAACGAGCGCUUCCAUUAGGGCCAUGUCCAGAGCCUGCGCGGCGGCUAAUUUUCGGGAACGCGUUACGGUCCGAAUGCGGUGCCGUGGCGAGCAGCGGUUGCCGCCUGGGCCCGGUCACCGACCCGCCUCUGACCUGCUCUAUCCGGGACUGUUCAGCGAGCAAGCACCACCCGUCUUACUCUGUUCGCGCCCGACCGGAGGCAGGCGCUCAUCUGUUCGCUUAAACCCUGCUGGGCUGGGCUGGCUGUCUGGGGCUCCCCCCGGGGUUUAGCACCGUUCUGUUUCUUCUUAUUUACGGCGCAUCUUUUCUUCUUCUCUCUUCCCUCCAUUCGCCGCCUUGUAAUUUGCGCACCCACAUUUCGCUCAUUCAUUCCUCACACGAUAAAUCAGCGUGCGCGAACCUCUCGAUGCCGUGGAUUUCGUUAUGUAGCGUUCCGCUUAUGCGUAGCCUUCGAGUUUCCAGAUCCUGUACAGUACCGUACUGCACUUUCUCGUGCGCCAAACUUGUUACUGGCAAUGGAUUCUGAAACCGUCCGAGUGGGAUGGAGAAAAGUCUAGACCCGCAUUGCGCCCCCAAAUAGAAGGAGAUUAUAAAUCGUGGACGACAUGACAUGACCCUCAGGCUCACAGCCGAGAGACAGUCACUUCCGAAUGGCAGAAAGUAUUUUCUACGAGGAAGCAGCGGCGGAAGGUUUCAACGAGCUGCAGUAGAUACAGCACGCGAAAGGGUCCGCUCUCCGCUCGCGUCCUCGAAUACGGGACGGGCUGCGAAGUGAACGCAGUCAUGGAGGCGGACAGUGUUGUUAAAAAUCUUUUCGCAACCAUGGCAAUCUCCUCAUCGUCCAUGUCCGAGAGACACGAGGGCGGACUGAACGGAAGGAGGAUCCGUCCAACGAGCCAGCCAACCGACCCAGGUGAGAACUGUCACACCCGCGUGAACUCAGAGGCGUUCGAUUUAGGGAAAAUCCCUCCUGUCUAAGGAAGGAAGGAAGGGAAGUAAGAAGGGAGGGGAAAAGUGUCAAAAUGUGCACUGCACUCUUGAGCUCGGAACUCGAAAGCAGCCUCUAAUUUAGGCAGGAUUCAUUCAAUUUCGAGAUCGAAGAAUCUGGGACGGCGAGGGGGGGUGGGGGAGGAAAUGCGUGACCCGGGCCGAGGUCGAUUGUAUAUACGACGAUGGGGUUAAUGCGACGCAGCCAGCCCGUUACAUGCCAAGGAGGGACCAGGUCUCAGAUCAAGCGGUAGGCCCAUUGCAUGCCAUGCCAUGGCAUCUCGCCCGCAUCAUCAUCGCCAUCGCCAGCGUCGCUGUUAGUUGACCGAGGGCGAUCGCAGAUUAAGGAGUAUUAAAUUGGGGCUCACCGUAUCACAUAUACAACUCGUGAGCUGAAUCUGAAUGACACGUGGUUGGUGGGCGGAGCUCGAAUAUACAAGUUUACGAAAGUCGGCAACUCAACAGUUGACGAUGACAAAAUCGUCGGAGGUGCUUCCGAGGGCGCUCGUAUCGUUGCGACCUUUGUAAUAGAAUAACGAGCAUCCCCGAGACCCCGAACGAGCGCUCGGCCAGAUCGGAUGCCAAAAGUGUCCUAUUUCACGCUCCCCGAGCUUGCACAAAAUAUCCAUGCUCGAUAUGUUUGUCCAACUGAUCAAAUGUUUGCGAGUGCUCCGGACAAGGCCACACGGACUGGCCUUACUCACGUUGGCUGGACUCGGAAGACGCACUGCGACUGCGUGAAUGACCCGAGGAACAGACGGACGAUUGAAUAAAUGAAUGAAUGAGUCGAGGCCAAGGACGGCCGAGGUGAAGGGAAUAUGAAGGAUAAUGGUUCGAAGCUCGGACGUCCGUGACUGUGUUGCCAAGCGGUGGCCACCAUCGUGGACCUCGCUGCUGGUGCUGAUGUUGGCCGCGCGAGGGCAAGGCCGAACGAGGCUUUAAAGCUGAGCCUUCGCAUCAUGUUACCGUCGCCCUGUUCGAUCCUCGUCGACAUUCGAAGCUCCCAAAAAGCGAAAAAGCCCCUGCCCCUCGCAACAAGUCAAGAUCUUCCGUCGCGAGCGUUCGAUCGGAAAAGCCCCCGGCGCUCUCGCUAUUCGUCCAUGCGCGGCUUCAGCUCCUCGCGUUGAAGGCCAUGCGAUGCGCAGACGACGGGCCGGAAGUGAGCCCGGCAUCUCUUCACCAGCAUGGUUCCCAAUAAGAUAUUUCCCUCGGUUUCUGCAAUUUUGCCCGUUUCCUUGCUACAUAUAUUUACAUGAUAACCACUUAAAAGUUUAUAGAUUAAUAUUGCUGACUUCAUUAUUUUGUGUGGUUUUUUGCUAGUCUCA